AUGAAAUUCUAUUUUCUGCUCAUCUUCCUAUGGUUAUCAGGUUUCGUAAUAUCGCUAGUAGAAUUUCAUUAUUGCAUCAAAAUUUUUAAUGUAUCAAACUUCAAAUGGUCAUUUAAUUGUACCAAAAGAACGCCAGAAAGUGGAGCUGUGUUUAUGAAAAUUCGUUAUGCAUGGACUCUUGCGAUACCCAUUGCGAUGUUCGCAAUUUAUAUUCUAAUAUUCUGCAGUAUGCGUAACAAACGGAAGAAUGUUUCGAAUUUGUGCAUGGUGAACGGAUAUGAGCACAAGAAAACGAUUGCAACAAGCAAAUAUGAACGAAUGAUGUUGAUUCAGGCAGUGUUUGUUUGUGGUGCAAUGGAAAUUCAAAUUUUCUGUUUCAACUUCCUGUCGAAACUUACCAUCAAACUGGUAGGCAAAGAAGUUGAAAUUUUCGUCAAUAUUUUGACCAACUGUUUUGUAAUUUUCAAUGCUGCUGUAUUGCCUACAGCCAAUUUAAUUUUCGUCAAACGAUUUCGUGAGAGAGUGAAAAAGACAUUUAUAAAAUUACUAUUCAAAAUUAAGGCAGCGCAAAGCAGGUCCACUGUUGUGCCAAUUACUUCAAUAACAACUAAGAAAACUCAUCGAAUUUCUUAG